AGCCACAAAGAAGAGAAGGAAGCCAGUUGACGCACGUAUGGAUAGCCGCUAACCGUAAACGGAUAGGAGAACUAGAAAAUAUCGGCUUUUUUUUUCUUUAAAUGCGUUUUGUGUAUUACUAUUGAUUGAUAAAUAUGACAGAAAUGUAUUCCACUCUGUUUGGGCCAAAUGAAGCCCAGGGACCGCCGGGGUCUUCGUCUUUAGGUUUUGGAGCCGGAAAACCACCGCCACCCAUCCCGCAGAAUCAGGUCUCUAUGCCGGGGCAGAUUCCACCACAGCUCGUGGAUGAAGGGCCUGCUAUGCGAAAGUCCGGAGUCAUGAACGAACAUUUCUAUUUACUGCGAGAGCUUCCUGUUGGAAACGAAUUAACAGGCAACACAAACCUCAUCACACACUACAACCUGGAACAUGCCUACAAUAAGUUCUGUGGGAAGAAAGUGAAGGAGAAGCUCAGCAACUUUCUACCAGAGUUACCAGGUAUGAUUGACUGUCCGGGUACUCAGGACGGCAGCUCGUUACGCUCCCUGAUAGAUAAGCCUCCAGUGUGUGGGAACUCCUUCAGCCCGCUGACUGGUGCUUCGCUCACAGGCUUCAGACUACACACAGGACCGCUCCCAGAACAGUACAGACUGAUGCACAUACAGCCUCCAAAGAAGAAAAGCAAACACAAACACAAGCACCACAGACCACAGGACCCUUUACCUCAAGAAACUCCCUCAGACUCUGAUCCCAAGAAGAAGAAGAAAAAGAGGGAUGAUGAUCCGGAUCGAAAGAAAAAGAAGAAAGACAAGAAAAAGAAGAAGAACCGCCACAGUCCAGACCACCCCGGCCUCGCUGGAUCCCAACCCAGCAGCAACAGCCUCAGAUAAACGGAGGCCCCCUGUGUGCGUCUGUUUGAAUGUGUGAUUUUUGUAAGUGUGUGUUUUACAGGUUAUGUAUUAUAAAAAAAGUAUGCUUAAUGAGAUGAAUGGCUGUAUUGUGUGGGUGUGUGUGUGUGCAAUGAGUAAACAGAUGGGAUGGAUUAAAAUGCUAAGAUGUUACAGUUAAGUGUAAAAAAACAAGCUGUGUGAAUGAACUGAGCAGCCAUUGUUUGUGUAUUACUUUCAUUUGUUUUUCUUUUGACCAUAAUGCCAAACUCAAAUAAAAUUUGAUUAUCAAGUUUGUUUCA